ACGCGAACUUCAAACCUAUCGUCAAGCGCAGCGGCCUGUGGGCUCGAAGUAGUUUUGUUCGUGACUCUAUACAAAAACAAACCAUUUAUUGACGUACCAAACUGAGUUUUAACACGCACUCUCUCAGUAAUUUAACAACAAAACCCAAAACAAAUGUACUAACAGUGAAUUGUAACGUUACAACCACUCGCCAAGCAAAGUUUUUCGACUUUUGUUUAUAGUAAUCGCGGCGGCAACCUGGCCGAGUUGGAAAGAGCAACAGUUUGUCAGUCGUUUACAUGCGCGUCGCCUCCUUCGAUUUUGUUAGGUUAUACUUCUAUGCCAGUCGUGCAGUUAAAGACAGCGUGUUACGUCGCGUCGCUGCCGCGCGCGUUGUUAUCGUCGAAAACUUUUAUCUUGUGUUAAAAAUCGUCGAUAAAUAAUGCAAAAUCGAUCCGAAUAACGAAUUUUAAUCGAAAAAAGUGGUGUUUGAAGUGUUUGAGUGGUUUAUUGUGGUAGUUUUAGUGUAAUAAAGAGUGCAUUCUUCGGUGAUUCAUCUCGUGACAAGAAAUUGUGUACCUACUGUGUCGUGUUGUGGAUGUAUUGGUAAAAUUAUGUGUGGCGACUACGAGUCAACUUAGUUUUUAUUCUUUGAAAAGAUAUGAAAAGGAAUUUCAUUUGAGGACAAUAAAAAAAGUUUCCCGUUUUGGUCACUCCUAUGGAGAUGAAUAGAUGUGAACGAAACUCGUGACAUUAUCUAUUCACCAUAAUAACUAAGAUUCCAAAAUGGCGAAGCAAGUUUGGUUGAUUCUGAGCCUCUUUCUUGCCACCGCGAUCGCUGACUUCACAACAAACUGCCCACAAGAGUGCAAAUGUGUUUGGGCAAGCGGCAACAAACAAGCCGACUGCUCACACUCCCGCCUCAACGAUAUACCCAGAAACUUAAGCGCAGAGAUACAAAACCUCGACCUUACAGGCAACGAACUUUACGAAAUCACAAGACAUGCAUUCCAUGAUGUAGGUCUCAUCAACUUGAAGAAACUCAUCCUCAGAGAAUGUAAGCUCUUGACAAUACAAAGAAACGGACUAAGCGGACUUGCUAUCAUGAUAGAACUAGAUCUAUCCAAGAAUGACUUAAAAACUUUACAUGCCGACACCUUCAAAGAAACAGCUAAAAUAAGAUGGAUCCUACUGAACGACAAUCAAAUAGAGAAAUUAGAAGACGGACUCUUCAAUAAUUUGCCGUUCCUACAGAAAGUAGAAUUGAGUAACAACAAAAUCCUACAAAUAGGAAUGAAGACAUUCAUGAACGUGCCCAAAUUAAACAUUCUCAGACUUGACGGCAACAAAUUGGAGUAUCUGAAGAUUGAUACAUUGAGUGCGCUGACGUCACUUUCCAAUUUAGAUGUUCACGAUAACCCUUGGCGUUGUGACUGUUAUUUACAACCCUUCAGAAACUGGGUAAUUAGUAAGAACUUCUACACUUCUCCCAUUUCUUGUGUAGAGCCUCCUAAAGUUCACGGAAAGCUUUGGAAAGAGCUGGACUCCAGCGACUUUGCUUGCAAACCUAGCAUCGUAUAUCCUUCCGUCAGUACAACACUACGAACAUCAGAUACCAACGUCACAUUAUCCUGUCAGGUCAACGGCAACCCGCUACCAGAAGUCAACUGGGUCUUGAAUGCACAAAUCAUAGACGGUACUUACAGAUACCAGGGAGAACUCAAAUACUACAUCACUGAGAGAAAUCUCGAUAACUCUAAAUGGGUUAAUUUAACUAUAGUUGAUUUAGGAAGCACUGACAAUGGCGAUUACCUGUGCGUUGCAAAAAAUGCUGGUGGAGUUGAAGAGCGAAGUCUGACGCUGGCUGUGACUCAGAGUUUCCCUGAGAGUGGAGUAGUUCCUCAAGGUAUGGAUAACAAUAUGCUGCCAGUGCUCAUUGGCGUGUCAUGUACUGCAGCUAUUGUGCUGAUAAUCCUGGUAAUACUCUGCUACUGCUGCUGCUUUAGACGACGAGGUUCAGACAAGAAGAAAGCAGAGAAUUCUAAUGGUGAAGCAUUGAUUGAAGGGUCUGUUAUACCCGAGAUGGAGAAGAGCCUAAUCACUGCUGUCAAUCCAGUGACGAAGCCUCCGAGAAGAUACGAUGUGCCGCCAUCGAUCACCAGCGGCGCGACGGAAAUGUCUGAACUAAACAAAACAUUGCUGGACAAUGAUUCUGUGUUUGCUCACAACGAUGAUGAAAAACGCUCGCUAGACUUCGACCCGCCAUCGAAACGAUCGCAGGAUGCUCUCAACGUAGAAUAUGGCCGCACUGACGGUCGAGCCUACCCACCUGAUCUACUGUCCUUCCCUCCCAGAGCAGCUCAAAUAUCACCAGCGGCUAGCAAUGCUUCUACAGUGCCAGACACCACUAGGCUGCCACCACAACUCAACCCGAUUAGUCCUAUACACUCACCAAUAUAUGGCAUGACUAACCAAAACCUAUUCAGGACUUUACCCUACUCUCGUUCUCAGUCGCCAUUCACAGCGCCCAUAACUCCUCCAGUCGUCACCCCAAGGCAAGGAUACGUCACCAUCCCGAGGAGGCCCAGAGUGCCAAGCUGGUCUAGCACAGCGAGCACACAAAUCCUGCCCAGCUCUGAAGCGCAAGAACCGUUGUAUGAUAAUCUAGGACUAAGGACCACGGCAGAUGGCAGCUCUGUCCUAUCAUUAAACAAAACGGGCCUAGAACCACAAUUCUCACCAAUGAGAAACAGACCCUUGCCGGCCACUCCCAUAGCCUACCCUAACCAACAUCCAGUAUACUACGCUCCUAUUGAAGAACAAGAGCCGUCUCCUUCGCCAGUACCUCCACAAGUGAACCGGAACAGUAUCAGCUCUCAGUUGUCACAUCAACUGUCUACUCCAGGCCCUCAGGAACCAGUGAACCCAAGAAUGAGUUGGACUGCUAAGAACACCUCCACUCCACAACCUGAGCCUAGGAAAGUAUUAUUCAGUGACAAAAGCGAUGCACAGUCCCAAGUGUCAGACAGCAGUACACUGAGCCGAAGAGGAAAGCCUGAAACUGGAUCUUUAAGAAGAAUUCCAAGAGUAGAUAGUAAGGAGGAGCCUAGUUCUCCGUCAAAGGAUGAGAGCAAGAAAAACGAGAGUGUAAUGAACCAAUCAGGGACUCUGGGCAGGAGUGGUAAGAUACCACCACGACCGCCGCCGAAGCCGAAGAAAAAGCCAAGUACAGAAGUGAACCCCAACGAGCCGCUGUUCGAGGACGAAGGAGAGGAUGGUACGGAAGUGUAAUAAGUUUAGACUAAAGGUUUACCAAAGUGCCAAUGAGCUUUUAGUGAGAGGAGAGACCUACGUCACGAUAUCAGUGAAAAAGACGUAUUAUUACGAUUAAUUUUCCGCGGUGCUCCUGUAAAUAGACAUUUGUGCUAGAUUUUUUACUUGUCGCGUAAAAUUUAUGGACCAUUUUAAUAUUAUAAUCAUUGUAACGCAAUUGGACGUCGCGUUCACUGUUGAUUUAAGUAUUUAUUGUAUGUGGUACUCUUUGAUUAAGACAUGAAUGGUAAAUAAUGGCUUUUAUGUAGCGACGAUUGUUUCAUCAAUAUCCAAGACUGAUUACUCUAAAUUGACACGCUUUUGUGGUAUAUGAACUGUUUCAAGUGGACGUGUUUGUGUUAUCAUUUAUUCAAUUGAGUUUUGGGUGUCAUUUUUAGCUUUGUUUCACAUCGCUUUGUUUGAGAUUCAGUCGACACUGCCGUAUAUUAUUCAAAUGCGGAAAAGAAGGAAAGAUUAAGGAGUUGAAAUGUUCAUAUCUUUCUACACAAGCUAAAUUUGAAAAUUCUUUGCUCAUAUCAUUCCAAAAUUGUAAUCCCAUCAUCUGCUUGGCACCGUUCAUAUAUUCGAGUUUUAUUUGACAUUCCUUAAAGCAUUCUUUCGUGGCAUCUACACAUUGAUAAUGGAUUCUCACAUAUAUUUAUAUGGAAGACUGAAGCAAAUAGUUCGCUUUUCCUCUAUUGAUCAAGUCAAUAGCUUGCUAUAAGCGGUUUGUUUGUUUGGUUCUAUGUUUCGUCCUUGUGUAUUGCACGUUUAUAAAUAUUUACUUCAUUUGUUUGGGAGUGCGUUUAAGUACUUUCUCUGUUGUUUUAUUUUAAUCUUCAUGUAUCAAUGUUAUCACUGUGGUUCUGUUUCACAUAAAAAUUUAUGCUGAAAACCGAUACGCCUGUACGAUUGGUGCGGUGGCUAGGCAACCGACUGUCGUGCAAUAUUAAGUGGGUUCGAUUCCCGCACAGAGCAACUCU